AUGGCAGAUCCAGAUAGUUAUGGCAAUCCUGAACGUGAUAUUGAACAAGCAUUCCUUACUUUAAAAAGAGGAACUCAGUUAGUUAAGUAUAGUCGAAAAGGGAAGCCAAAACUUUGUAAUUUCAGGCUUUCGCAGGAUGAAACAUCACUGAUUUGGAUUUCUCAUGGAAAAGAAAAGAAUCUGAACUUGUCUUCUGUUUGGCGCAUCAUCUCGGGACAGAGAACAGCUGUCUUUAGAAGAUAUUUGCGCCCUGAAAAGGAUUAUCUCUCAUUUUCACUUAUUUACAAAAAAGGCGAACGGUCACUUGAUCUGAUCUGUAAAGAUACAGCUGAGGUUGAGAUUUGGCUUUCGGGCCUUAAGGCAUUAAUUUCUACUGGACAGGGUAGAAGGCGGCACACUAGAAGUGAAUUAACAGAUGAUAGUGAUGAAUUUCCUCUGAAUGGUCGUCCUUUUGGUGGAGCAUUUGAGUUUACUUCAAUUAUUUCCAAGAGCAGGUUUUCUUUUGAAACAUCCUCUUGUGAAUCCGCGACGUACAGAGGAAGAUCAGAUGUGGGGUCAGAUCAUGCAAGUAUGCCAGUAAGGACGAGUGUUGGAGAUGGUUCCCGUGUUAGUGUGUCAGGUGUUAGCUAUGUUAGUAGUGUAGGAUCAGGAGGACCAGAUGACAUAGAGUCUCUAGGCGACGUUUUCAUAUGGGGAGAGGUUUGGGCCGACGGGAAUUCGUCUGACGGGUUAGGGAGUCAAGUCGCUUCCAAGACAGAUGUCCUGGUUCCUAAGUCAUUAGAGUCUAAUGUUGUUCUUGAUGUUCAUUUAAUACAACCUGGUGUAAAUCACGUUGCUCUAGUAACACGGCAAGGAGAGGUUUUUACCUGGGGAGAGGACUUUGGUGGAAGACUUGGACACGGGUUUGAUAAAGAUUUUGGUAAACCGAAUCUUGUCGAGUCCCUAGCAGUUACUAACAUGAAUUUUGUUGCAUGUGGUGAAUAUCAUACAUGUGCGGUAUCUACAUCCGGGGAUUUGUACACCUGGGGUGACGGGGCACAUAACGCUGGAAUUUUAGGCCAUGGAACUGAUGUUAGCCAUUGUAUACCGAAGCGUGUCACUGGGAUUUUAGAAGGACAUCAGGUUAUAUCUAUAGCAUGUGGCUCAUGGCAUACAGCAUUGAUAACCGCCAAUGGGAAACUUUUUACUUUUGGUGAUGGAAUGCUAGGUGUAUUAGGGCAUGGAGAUAGAGAGAGUGUGUUGUAUCCAAAAGAGGUACAGUUAUCUAGUGGACAUAAGGCUAUUCAGGUUGCAUGUGGAGUGUGGCACACGGCAGCCAUUAUAGAGGUCACGGAUCAUUCGGGUUCAAAUCCUUCUUCAUCAAAGAGGAUAUUCACGUGGGGCGAUGGUGAUCAAUAUCGUUUAGGUCAUGCUAACAAGGAAACCUGCCUUCAACCGACUUGUGUGGCUGCACUUGCUGAAUAUAACUUUCACCAGGUUGCAUGUGGACAAAGUUUGACUGUUGCACUAACCGCAUCCGGCCAUGUAUUUAGUAUGGGAAGCACGGCAUACGGUCAACUAGGAAAUCCAAACUCUGAUGGCAAAGUGCCAAUUCUAGUAAGAGAUAAGUUACAGGGUGAAUCUGUUGAGGAAAUAUCGUGCGGCGCACAUCAUGUUGCGGUAUUAACUUCAAGAAGUGAGCUAUAUACUUGGGGGAGAGGUGCCAAUGGAAGAUUAGGACAUGGAGACAUAGAAGAUCAGAAAACUCCAACAUUGGUGGAAGCCUUGAAAGAAAGGCAUGUAAAGAAUAUUGCAUGUGGCGCAAAUUUUACUACUUGUAUAUGCAUACAUAAAUGGGUUUCUGGGAAUGACCAAUCGGUUUGCUCCGGUUGCAGGCAACCAUUCGGUUUUACUAGAAAAAGACAUAAUUGUUAUCAUUGUGGAUUGGUGUAUUGCCAUCCUUGUAGUUCGAAAAAAGCCCUUAAAGCAGCAUUGGCUCCUACACCUAGCAAACCGCAUCGUGUGUGUGACACUUGCUAUGCUAAGCUUAAAGGUUCUGAUAGUGGUAACAGUUCCAGUUAUAAUCGAGACAUUACUCGUCCUUCUAGUUCCACUUAUGGAAGGGAAAGAUAUGACAGGGGAGAUGUAAGGACUUCAAGUAUUCUCUUGUCUUCUGCCACUGGUCAAGCGAAAUACUUUGACAUAAGGAGUAAUGGGCUUGGAAGUGCACAAGACUUAUCUCCCAUGGUUCCGUUGCGAUUACAAUUGAAAGAUGUCAUAUUUCCUGGUUCAUCAAGUACGACGCAGAAUGCCACUGCGUCGAGGCCUCUUAUUAUGCAGCAAAGUAAUCCCCCAACCCCACCUUCAUUGGUUAAUUCAAGACCAACCUCUCCGUAUUCAAGAAGACCGCCAAGCCCGACACGUUCUAUCUCCCCUGGAUUUUCAAGAAGCCUUAUUGAUAAUUUAAAGAAAAAAAACGAGCUUUUGAGUCAAGAAGUCUCAAAGUUGCAAAACCAUAUUCGAAGUUUAAAGCAAAAAGCUAACAUGAAAGAUACAAAGAUUCAUGAGCUUCAGAAAAAUAUUCAAGAAGCCAAUCUAUUGGCUGGAGAGGAAUCUUCUAAGCAUAGAGAGGCAAGGGAAUUCAUCAAGUCCAUGACAGAUGAGUUGAGGGAAGUGACUGAAAAGCUGCCACCAGAGAAUCCUGGAUGUGAAACCUUGAAAGAGAUCCAUGCUCAAGCUCAAUCUAUUCUGAAACAAAAUGUAGAAUUUGAAUCUCCAUUCCAAUCGAGCUUUGAGUCUGAGAAACAAAGUGCGCCUGAUAUAUCAGAAUCAGAUAGCGAAUUUUCAAACCUGCAAAGAAUCGAAGGAAAUGGUGAAGUUUCUGAGGCUGUUCCAUCUAUAGAUGGAGAAACUGUUCCGCAAGAAAGCAACAGCUCGUAUUUAUCUAGUUCCAGAUCAGCCGAGUCGCACAGGACUGUGAAAGAAGGAGAAACAUCGGUCAUUGAACAAUUCGAACACGGUGUUUAUAUCACAGUCAUAGUAGAAUCUGAUGGUGGCAAAAUUUUCAAACGUGUUAGAUUCAGUAAGCGAAGAUUCAAUGAGCAACAAGCAGAAGAAUGGUGGAACAAAAACAAAGAUAGGGUGUAUAGAAGAUAUACUCCACCACAAGAAAUUAUUGGUUCAUCUAGCACCCCACCUCAUGGUGAAGGAAAUAUUGAGACAUCACCUUCUUCUUAA